ACACACACACACACACACAUAUGUGUACGUUUGAUUUCAUUGUUUUUUUGACGCGAAAAUGGCAGCCAACUGUACGACAACCAGUGCCAGCAAAACCAAGACCAAGAAAAAGCACUUUGUAGCCCAGAAAGUGAAGCUGUUCCGAGCCAGUGAGCCGCUGCUCAGUGUGCUCAUGUGGGGCAUCAACCACACCAUCAAUGAACUUAGCCACGUGCAGAUUCCUGUUAUGUUGAUGCCAGACGACUUCAAAGCCUACAGCAAGAUAAAAGUGGAUAAUCAUCUUUUUAACAAAGAGAAUCUUCCAAGCCGUUUCAAAUUUAAGGAAUACUGCCCCAUGGUGUUUAGGAAUCUACGGGAGCGGUUUUCUAUUGACGAUCAAGAUUACCAGAACUCGGUCACGCGGAGUGCACCCAUACACAGCGACUCACACAACCGAAUGGGAGUCCGGUUCCUCACCACGUACGACAAAAGAUUCGUCAUUAAAACUAUUUCGAGUGAAGACGUGGCGGAGAUGCACAGUGUUUUAAAAAAGUACCACCAGUAUAUUGUGGAAUGUCAUGGGAACACGCUUCUCCCCCAGUUCCUGGGCAUGUACCGGCUAACAGUUGAUGGAGUGGAGACCUACAUGACUGUCACGAGAAAUGUAUUCAGUCACAGACUCAAUGUGCACAGGAAGUACGAUCUGAAGGGCUCAACAGUUUCGAGGGAAGCCAGUGGCAAGGAAAAGGCCAAAGAGCUACCGACACUCAAGGACAAUGACUUUCUGAACGAAGGCCAGCGGAUUCAAAUAGGAGACGAAAAUAAGAAGAUGUUUCUUGACAAACUGAAGCGAGACGUUGAGUUUUUGGCACAGAUGAAGAUCAUGGAUUACAGCCUGUUAGUUGGAAUUCACGACGUAGACCGUGCCGAGCAGGAAGAGAUGGAGGUGGAGGAGAAAGGUGACGAUGAGGAGUCUGAGAAUGAUGGGAUGGGAGCCCUGGUCGGUUCUUACGGAACUCCCCCAGACAGCCCUGGGAACAUGCUGAAUUUUCCUCGAAUCUUCGGACCAGGAGAGUUUGACCCAACAGUUGAUGUGUACGCCAUAAAGAGUUAUGACUUAACUCUGCCGAAUUUGACAGAUGCUCCAAAGAAGGAAGUUUACUUCAUGGCAAUAAUCGAUAUUCUAACUCACUACGAUGCAAAGAAAAAGGCUGCGCAUGCAGCCAAGACUGUCAAACACGGGGCUGGUGCUGAGAUCUCCACUGUUAAUCCUGAACAAUACUCGAAGCGUUUUUUAGAAUUCAUGAUGAAUAUCAUAACAUAGUGCCCAUGCAGCACCCACCCACCCACCUACCCUCGCACACCCACUCACUACAGACACGCUCGCUCACUAUAUUCACACACUCCUAUGCACUCGCACCUGCACACACUCACGCACACCCGCCCACAUGAGAGACUACCGAUGAGUAGCGGAUGCAGCAACGUGGGAAUUUAAGCCAAAACACUGUCUGUCCAUGGUGGCCGCAGUAUUUAGACCUGCAGAGACCGAUCUCAAAAUUGCAUCUUCGGCAACGAAACCAAGAAAAAGGAGAGAAGGGGGAAAAAAAGACUCGCGUCAAAUCUGCUCUGCCUCAGUCGUUGUUUUGUACCAUUUUUGAAGAUUCCCAGCCACGCUUUUUACCCGAGCUUGCCUUUCCCGCGGGAGUAGCUUCACACAGCACUUGAUCUCAUCCCAGCAAGGCGCUCGGCAAAAUGUUACUAACGGGGGGAGUGGGGGUGGGGGGUUGGCCGAGGGGUGUCUCACACUCAGUACAGUGUGAGACAACUUUGAUGGUUGGAAGCCACCACCUAUCUCUCUUUGUUUCAAGAAUGUAUUAUCCGAACAGCAAAUUGUGUGUGUGUAUGUGCAUGUGUGUGUGCAUGUGUGUGUUUGCGUGUA